AUGGUGAGCAAAGAGGAGGAGGAGGAGAUAAAGGUUACUGAGGAGAUGUUCAAAGAUGACAAGUUCUAUGCAGUGGGAGACAGACUCCCAGGUGAUUCAAUCAGUGCCCUGAGCGAACCAUUAGUUACACUAUCUACGCCCAUCCUGACAAUCACCCAGUAUUCAGAAUACUCUAAGCAUUCUGUUGCCCUCAAAUCUCAUCAAAGAUUCAUACCUGUAAUGAUCACAGCAAUCAAGCAAUAUCCUAGAAAGUCAUCCAGUGCAGAUACCCCCAUAAAUCCUUUCCAGAAUAUGACAGGUGCCAUCCACCCCGUAGCUCCCAAACCACAAUUCAGCACCAUUAGUCCAGUUUCACAACAGGUUCCAAGAAUAAUAUCAUCACAGCAUGUUACUAACACUGCAACACAAGCUAUGAGUUCAUGUCUAGCCACAGUAGCUGCUGCAGCUACUCCAGCUGUGCGCGCUGUCCCCCAGUACAAGCAUGCUGCGGGUGUUCACAAUCCCCAUCAACACCUUGAUACUCAACCUCAGGUUACUAAGCAGCAGCCUGCUGCCCAUUUGCAAACUGAGGAACCUUUGACUGCUUCCAUGUUGAGUGCUGCCCCUCCACAAGAACAAAAGCAGAUGCUAGGAGAAUGGCGAUUCCCUCUUAAUCAAGCCACGCAUCAUCCUCUGGUGGAUAAAAUCACUGGUAUGCUGUUAGAGCAUGACAACUCUGAGCUUGAGUCUCCUGAAUCUCUCCAAUCGAAGGCUGAUGAAGCUGUAGCCGUACUGCAAGCCCACCAAGCUAAAGAAGCUACCCACAAAGCAGUUAACAAUCCAGCAAUUGUUCCAAGUGUCUAAUAUGAUCCAAGACUAUGCACUAUAACUUCACUUUACGGAAGAAAAAUAUCUAAACAUGGAAAAACGAUUAAAUAUUGAGGAAAACAUUG